GUAUAUGAGAUUCAUGACCGUCCAAGAUAGCCAAGUUUUUGCUACAUCGUGCACUUGUUCGGAAACACAAUCAUCCAUACAUGUGCAUACACACUUGUGCACACAUGUUCUGCUCAUUAGAUGAUGGCGACGGGAGCUUCUUCUGACUUUGAGGAGAAAAGGGCACGACUUGCAGCCUUGAGAGAAAAGAUUGAUAGAAACCAAAUAACCCCUAAUAUUGGUCUUGCAAAUAGAGGUACUACGAUUAUACCCGAUUUGAAUAAUAUAAAGACACUUGGAAGUAGUCUAGAUAGUUUGUCACGUACAAAAUCUAGUGAUCCCAAUUUGUUAAGAAAUCAAAGCUCGAACGAACAAACACAGCAGAGUGUUUAUGAUAAAAACAGACGGCAAGAACAACAGCAGAGGGAAUAUAUAGAUCGACAACGACAGCAGCAGCAGUUGUAUGACCAAUACCAACAACACCAAAGCCAAAACUACAUUCAAACCAGUUUGUAUCAACAACAACAACAGCAAUACAAUCAACAACACCGCGUACCACAGGCACAACAACAACAACAACAGCAACCCCGUAAAAGUAGCAGUAAUACACAGCUGUAUUCCAAUAUGAAUCCCAUGCAGUCGCAGAAACAACAAUACCUGCAGAAGGCACAGGCACAGUUAGGUUAUCAGACCAGAGAUCCAAGUAGUGGCAGUGUAGGUGCAUCCUUGCACGCAGGAAGUCAGGGCGGACAACUGUACCAGCAAGGUAUGUCUUACGAUAUCUAA